UCAUCAAAGCACCAACAAUCUUGAGACAAUAAUAUAAGUGGCGACCUGAGUUUCAACACAACAAUAUAAAAAUGGCAGUACUGAAGUCAAAUAUGGUUGUAUUGGUGGUCAUGAUGGUUGCAUCUUUCCACCUGCGGUCCACGGUGGCGCAAACAAGGCACGUCGUUGGGGACGCCUUGGGGUGGACGAUUCCUUCUGGCGGCGCUUCCACUUACGCCACUUGGGCUUCUCAACAAACCUUCACCGUCGGCGAUACACUUUAUUUUAACUUUACCACUGGAAUGCAUAACGUGGCCGAAGUUUCUCAGGCGGCUUAUCGCCCAUGCACUACCACCAACACCCUCUCACUCAACCCUAACGGCCCCGCCACCGUUACAUUGACCCGCCCUGGGACCCACUACUAUAUUUGCACUGUUGUGAGUCAUUGUCAAAUUGGUCAGAAAUUAACCAUCAAUGUCUCUCCCCUUACCGCCACUGCUCCUGAAUCUACACCCCUAUCUCCACCAUCUACCAUCGCUACUCCUCCGUCUGCCUUUGAACCAUCUCCCACCGGCAGCGUCAUUCCACCACCAUCAAGCGCAUCUCCACCUUUGGCCUCCGUGGUUCCCAUCACUUUCUUGGCAGUUGCUUUGGCUUUCUUUUACUAGAUCAAUUUGAUUGAACGGAGACAGGGAGUUUUUAUUUUCUUGAUGUUUUUACCAAUUUCUGACCUUUUUGCUUAUUUGUUUUUAUCCAUUGUAUUGUUUGUACCCUCAUAUAUUCAUGUAAGAAAGUUCACAUUAUUGUAUAUUUAAUAUUUUGAGGCCA